CUCUCCUUGGAUCAAGACAGCCUCUUAGGGUCUCAGCGCUACAAUCUCUUAUCUCUGCAGUGGCUCUUCUUGAUGAUAUGAGAGCUAAUCGAGGCGAGUCCCUGCACCAUAGGCGUCAGAUCGUUGUGCCAAAGCUGGAUCUCUAUGCAUUUUUGUGAUCGUUCACAAUAAAACCCAAGAAACCCUUGGCUGCGUGGAAUAACAUCAGACAUGACUGCGAUGAGGAAAUUUAAACACCUUCUGCUUAUUUUCGCAGCUCUGACUACCGCAGCUAAUGGUCAGACUUGUGGCGGCUUGGUGCAAGGUCUGAAUGGAACUAUAGAGAGCCCAGGGUUUCCCCAUGGUUAUCCUAACUAUGCCAACUGUACCUGGAUCAUUGUCACAGGAGAACGCAGCAGGAUACAGCUAUCAUUUCACACCUUCGCCCUUGAGGAAGACUUUGAUAUUGUUUCAAUCUAUGAUGGACAGCCCCAACCAGGGAACCUGAAAAUGAGAUUGUCAGGCUUUUUCCUGCCACCGCCAAUUGUAAGCACGGGUUCGAUUCUUGCACUGUGGUUUACUACUGACUUUGCCGUGAGUGCACAAGGAUUUAAAGCAAUCUAUGAAGUGUUGCCAAGUCACACAUGUGGUAAUCCUGGGGUGAUACCCAAAGGAGUAGUGCAUGGAUCACGCUACAAUAUCGGGGACAAAAUCCGUUACAGCUGUGUGACGGGGAAUGUUUUGGAAGGACACGCAGUGCUCACAUGUAUUGUGAGUCCAGGCAGUGGAGCAUCUUGGGAUUUUCCUGUUCCUUUCUGCAGAGCUGAAGGAGCGUGUGGUGGGACAUUUAGAGGGACAAGUGGGAUGAUUUCCAGUCCUCACUUCCCGUCAGAGUAUGAGAACAACGCUGACUGUACUUGGAGCAUCCUUGCUGAGCCAGGAGACACCAUUGCAUUGGUCUUUACAGAAUUCCAGCUUGAAGACAGAUAUGACUUUCUAGAAAUCAGUGGAACAGAAGCACCUUCAAUAUGGCUGACUGGCAUGAAUCUGCCUUCCCCUGUCAUUAGCAGCAAAAAUUGGCUUCGCCUGCAUUUUACAUCUGACAGCAACCAUCGACGAAAAGGAUUUCAUGCCCAAUACCAAGUAAAAAAAGCAAUUGAACUGAAAUCCAGAGGGGUUAAGAUGCUGCCAAGUAAAGACACCAACCACAAAAACACAGUCUUGAGUCAAGGUGGAAUGGCUGCAGACAUUUGUCCAGAUCCUGGAAUUCCGGAGAAUGGGAAAAGAAUAGGUUCAGAUUUCCAGGUGGGUGCCAGUAUACAGUUCUCAUGUGAUGACAGCUAUGUGCUUCAGGGAUCAAAGAGCAUCACUUGCCAGAGAGUGACAGAGACAUUGGCUGCAUGGAGUGACCACAGGCCAAUCUGUCGUGCAAGGACAUGUGGCUCCAACUUAAGAGGACCAAAAGGUUUUAUCACAUCCCCCAACUACCCGGUUCAGUAUGAGAACAAUGCGCACUGUGUCUGGGUGAUCACUGCCAGUGAUUCAGAGAAGGUCAUCAAACUGGCUUUUGAAGAAUUUGAUCUUGAGAGAGGCUAUGAUACCUUAACUGUGGGAGAUGGUGGGAAAAUCGGAGAUGCUCGCAGAGUGCUCUAUGUUCUCUCAGGUACGAGUGUGCCUGACUUAAUAGUGAGUAUGAGCAACCAGAUGUGGCUUCAUCUCCAGUCUGAUGACAGCAUUGGUUCUCAAGGGUUUAAAGCGAUCUAUGAAGAAAUUGACAAAGGUGGUUGUGGGGACCCUGGAGUUCCAGCCUAUGGGAAGAGGACUGGUAGCAGUUUUUUGCAUGGGGACAUGCUGACAUUUGAGUGUCAGGCAGCUUUUGAAUUGGUCGGAGAAAGGACAAUCUCCUGCCAACAAAAUAACCAGUGGUCUGGAAACAAACCCAGCUGUGUCUUCUCCUGCUUUUUUAAUUUCACGGCUCCGUCGGGGAUCAUCCUGUCUCCCAAUUACCCAGAUGAGUAUGGAAACAACAUGAACUGUGUAUGGCUGAUUAUUGCAGAGCCAGGUAGCAGAAUACAUCUGAUCUUCAGUGAUUUUGACGUGGAGCCCCAAUUUGACUACUUAACAGUGAAGGACGAAGGAAUAUCUGAAGCAACUACAUUUGGAACAUUCUCUGGCAAAGAUGUUCCUUCACAGAUUGCCAGCAAUGGUCAUAUCAUGCGCUUGGAGUUUCAGUCCGACCACUCCAACACAGGAAGAGGAUUCAACAUAACAUACACAACUUUUGGGCAGAAUGAGUGCCAUGACCCAGGCAUCCCCAUUAAUGGCCAGCGAUUCGGUGACAGGUUUCUACUGGGGAGUUCAGUAUCUUUCAGCUGUGAUGAAGGCUUUAUAAAAACGCAAGGAUCUGAGUCAAUAACAUGUGUGAUGCAGGAUGGUAAUGUCGUCUGGAAUUCAGCUGUCCCUAGAUGUGAAGCCCCUUGUGGUGGUCAUUUAACAGCCCCAGCAGGCGUCCUUCUGUCCCCCGGGUGGCCAGGGUACUAUAAGGACUCAUUAAACUGCGAAUGGGUCAUUGAAGCAAGAAAGGACCAUGCCAUCAAAAUAUCCUUUGAAAGGUUUCAGACUGAAGUUAACUAUGACACUUUAGAGAUCCGAGAUGGGCCUGCUAACUCCUCGCCAUUAAUAGGGGAAUACCAUGGCACUCAGGCUCCUCAUUUCCUCAUUAGCACCAGUAAUCACAUGUACCUCCUGUUCACCACGGACAACAGCCGCUCCAGCGUGGGCUUCCAGAUUCGAUAUGAAAGCAUCAUGAUGGAAUCAGAUUCCUGUUUAGAUCCCGGUAUUCCUGUAAAUGGAAAACGUCACGGCAACAGCUUUGCAAUUGGGUCCAGAGUGACAUUCAGCUGUGAUCAAGGAUAUACUCUCAGCGAUGAAGAGCCUCUUGUCUGUGAGAGGAGCCAUCAGUGGAACCACGCACUGCCCAGCUGCGAUGCUUUGUGCGGUGGUUACAUUCAUGGAAGAAGUGGUACUGUGCUGUCACCUGGGUUUCCGGAUUUCUAUCCAAAUUCUUUGAACUGCACUUGGACCAUUGAGGUAUCUCAUGGAAAAGGAGUACAGCUUUUUUUUCACACCUUUCACCUGGAGGAUUCUCACGACUAUUUGCUGAUCACGGAAGACGGAAGCUUUACGGAGCCUGUCGCAAGGCUGACUGGCUCUGUCCUGCCGCCCUCCAUCAAAGCAGGCCUGUUCGGCACUUUCAGUGCACAGCUGCGGUUCGUUUCCGACUUCUCCAUGUCAUACGAAGGCUUUAACAUUACUUUUUCAGAAUACAAUCUUGAACCUUGUGAUGAUCCCGGAGUUCCAGCGUACAGUAGGAGAAUUGGCUUCCAGUUUGGAGUUGGGGACUCCUUAAUAUUUUCCUGCUUCCCUGGCUACAGACUUGAAGGCAAUAACAAGAUCACCUGUUUAGGAGGUGGCCGGCGUGUUUGGAGUGCACCUCUGCCAAGGUGUGUGGCUGAAUGUGGAGCAUCUUCUGUUGGGAGUGAAGGGACAUUGUUGUCUCCCAACUACCCAUCCAACUAUGACAACAACCACGAGUGCAUUUAUCAAAUAGAAACUGAGAAAGGAAAAGGAAUCCGCCUGACUGCCACGAACUUCCACUUGCAUGAUGGAGAUAACCUGAGGGUAUAUGAUGGAAAGGAUUCCUCAUCCCGACUGCUUGGGAACUUCACUAAGAAUGACAUGUAUGGUGUGAUCAUCAACAGCACCUCCAACCACCUGUGGCUUGAAUUCAACAGCAACGGGUCUGGCACUGACAGAGGAUUCAGACUGACACAUAGCAGUUUUGAUCUUGUUAAAUGUGAGGAACCAGGAACUCCUAAUUAUGGAUACAAGAUUCAGGAUGAAGGGCAUUUUGCUGACACAUUUGUGGUAUACAGCUGCAACCCUGGCUAUACAAUGCAUGGAAGCAGUGUUUUAACCUGUCUAAGUGGGGAUCGAAGAGUGUGGGACAAGCCGUUACCUUCUUGUAUAGCUGAGUGUGGGGGCCACAUCACAGGAGCUACAUCUGGAAGGAUACUGUCUCCUGGAUACCCUGCUCCAUACGACAAUAACCUGCACUGCACGUGGUCCAUUGAAGCAGACUCGGGCAAAACCAUAAGCCUUCACUUUAUCGUCUUUGACACAGAGGUAGAUCAUGACAUACUGAAGGUCUGGGAUGGCCCAAGAGAGGGUGGCAUACUUCUGAAAGAGUGGAGUGGAUCUUCCCUGCCUGAAGACACACACAGCACCUUCAAUGUGUUAACACUGCAGUUCGACAGUGAUUAUUUCAUCAGCAAAUCAGGCUUCUCCAUUCAGUUCUCCACUACGACCGCUACAACGUGCAAUGAUCCGGGAACUCCGCAGAACGGCUCGCGGUACGGAGACAGCCGCGAGCCCGGUGACACCAUCACGUUCCAGUGUGACCCUGGCUAUCAAAUACAAGGGGCGGCACAGAUCACAUGUGUGCAGCUUAACAAUCGAUUCUUUUGGCAACCUGACCCCCCAACAUGCAUAGCUACCUGUGGAGGGAAUGUGACAGGCCCAGCCGGGGUGAUUUUAUCUCCUAACUACCCACAGCCUUAUCCUCCGGGGAAGGAAUGUGAUUGGAGAAUAAAAGUCAAUCCUGACUUUGUAAUUGCCUUGAUUUUUAAGAGUUUCAACAUGGAACCCAGUUAUGACUUUUUACAUAUUUAUGAGGGAGAAGACUCCAAUGGCCCUCUGAUUGGUAGUUUCCAAGGCAGUCAAGCUCCUGAUAGGAUAGAGAGCAGUGGGAAUAGCCUGUUUCUGGCUUUUCGCAGUGAUGCUUCUCUUGGGAUGUCUGGUUUUGCCAUUGAAUACAAAGAAAAACCACGAGAGGCUUGUUUUGACCCUGGAAAUAUCAUGAAUGGCACUCGCAUAGGAACAGAUUUUAAACUGGGUUCGACAGUGACGUAUCAGUGUGACUCUGGCUACACAACUGUUGGACCUUCAACUAUAACAUGCAUUAUAGGGAGUGAUGGGAAACCUGUCUGGGAAAGAAUCCUGCCUACAUGCAAAGCUCCCUGUGGAGGUCAGUAUACAGGCUCUGAAGGAGUGGUCUUGUCUCCAAAUUAUCCUCACAACUACACUGCUGGUCAGACAUGCCUGUAUUCAAUCACUGUAUCCGGAGAAUUUGUGGUGUUUGGGCAGUUUGCCUACUUUCAGACAGCAAUGAAUGAUUCAGUUGAGCUGUUUGAUGGUGCCAGCCAAAAUGCCAGACUCCUGAGUUCCCUUGCAGGAACUCAUACAGGAGAGACCUUGCCCUUAGCCACAUCCAACCAGAUUUUGCUGCGAUUCAGUGCUAAAAGUGGUGCAUCUGCCAGAGGUUUCCACUUUGUUUACCAAGCUGUCCCUCGCACAAGUGACACUCAGUGUAGCUCUGUGCCAGAGCCCAGGUAUGGAAGACGCAUUGGCUCCGAGUUCUCCGCGGGGUCCAUAGUUCGCUUUGAGUGCAACCCCGGCUAUUUCCUGCAGGGCUCCAAAGCAAUUAAGUGUUAUGCUGUCCCCAAUGCCCUAGCACAGUGGAACGACACCAUUCCGACUUGUGUAGUUCCAUGUAGUGGAAACCUUACUGAAAGAAGAGGCACCAUUCUCUCCCCUGGGUUCCCUGAGCCCUAUGGUAACAGUUUGAACUGUGUGUGGAGAAUCACAGUCACUGAGGGAGCAGGUAUACAGAUUCAAGUCAUCAGCUUCGCCACAGAGCAUAACUGGGAUUCCCUGGAAAUCUACGAUGGUGGUGAUAUGGCAGCACCAAAGCUGGGGAGCUUUUCAGGUACAACUGCCCCAGCUUUACUGAACAGUACUUCCAAUCAGCUUUAUCUGCAUUUUCACACAGACAUCAGUGUUGUUGCUGCUGGAUUUCACCUAGAAUACAAAACUGUUGGACUAACAACUUGUCCUGAACCGUUAGUUCCUGCCAAUGGGAUAAAGACUGGGGACAGGUUCAUGGUCAAUGAUGUAGUGUCAUUCAGCUGUGAACCAGGAUAUGUUCUGCAGGGACACUCUCAUAUCUCCUGUAUGCCUGGAACAGUCCGACGCUGGAAUUACCCACCACCUCUUUGCAUAGCUCGUUGUGGAGGAACACUCACAGCUAUGACCGAUGUCAUCCUCAGCCCUGGCUUCCCUGGAAAUUAUCCCGGCAACCUUGAUUGCACCUGGAAAAUCUUGUUGCCAGUUGGACAUGGUGCUCAUAUCCAGUUUGUUCACUUUUCUACAGAAGACAAUCAUGAUUUUCUGGAAAUCCGCAACGGACCACAUCACACUAGCUCUCUGAUCGGUCAAUUCAGUGGAAACCAGCUCCCACCAGCAUUGCUGAGCACAACACAUGAGACAGUGAUUCACUUCUACAGCGAUCACUCUGAAAACAGACAGGGGUUCAAAGUCUCAUACCAAGCAUAUGAAUUACAGAGCUGCCAAGAUCCUUCGCCAUUUCAUAAUGGAUACAUCAUCAACAGUGAUUAUAAUGCAGGACAAUCUAUAACCUUUGAGUGCUACCCUGGAUAUGUUCUGAUUGGACAUCCUGUUCUUACUUGUCAACAUGGAGUCAACAGACGAUGGAAUCGUCCUUUUCCCCGAUGUGAGGCACCUUGUGGUUACAAUGUCACAGCCCAAAAUGGCACAAUAUAUUCACCUGGAUACCCAAAUGAGUAUCCCAACUCCCAGGACUGUACGUGGCUGAUUACUGUCCCUCAGGGUCACGGGAUUUAUAUCAACUUCACUCUGCUCCAGACUGAACCUGUCACUGACUACAUUGCUGUAUGGGAUGGACCAGAAGAAAAUUAUCCACAGCUUGGAGUUUUCAGUGGCAAUACAGCUCUUGAAUCAGCCUACAGUUCCUUUAAUCAGGUUCUUAUUAGGUUUCACAGCGACUUCUCCACGAGUGGAUUUUUUGUCCUCAAUUUUCACGCUUAUCGUUUGAAAAAGUGCCCAGCUCCACCAUCUGUUGAAGAAGCAGAAUUUUUUUCAGAAGACCAGGAUUAUGAAAUAGGGGACAUUGUGAAGUAUCAGUGUUUCCCAGGUUUUACACUGGUGGGAAGUGAAGAGCUCACCUGCAAACUGAACUCUCACCUGCAGUUUGAGGGGCCACCUCCUUCCUGUGAAGCUCAGUGUCCAUUGAAUGAGGAAAGGACUGCAUCAUCUGGAGUGAUUCUCAGCCCAGGAUAUCCUAAAACCUACCCAAAUUCUCAGACCUGUUCCUGGACUAUUAAAGUGCAAACAGGUUAUACCAUCUCAAUUUACAUAGAGAUGUUUCAGAGUGAAAAACAGUUUGAUGAACUGGAAAUAUUUGAUGGGCCUGCAGGCGAAAGCCCCUUGCUUGUUGCACUCAGUGGAAACCAUACAACACAACUAAAUUUUACCAGCAAAACCAACCAGUUGUAUCUGAGGUGGUCAACAGAUCAUGCAACUAGCAAGAAAGGAUUUAAAAUACGCUACACAGCUUCAUAUUGCAGUGUGAACAGCGUUCCAAGAAAUGGUGGCGUUUUCAACAGAACACAAGGGAACGCAGGCAGUAGAUUGUACUAUUUCUGUAAUGCAGGCUACAGGCUUGUUGGUCAAAGUAAUACAACCUGCAAACUCCAUCAAAAUGGAUUAUAUCACUGGGAUUCCCCAGUUCCACUCUGUCAAGCUGUAUCUUGUGGGAUUCCUGGACCUCCGGGCAAUGGUACCUUCCAUGGGAAUCAGUACACUGUGGGUAGCAGAGUUCACUACCAGUGCAAUGAAGGCUACCGACUGGAAUCCACUCGUUCCAGCACCGCUGUCUGCCAGGAAGAGGGCACAUGGAGCAACAGAGGACAGCCUCCUCAGUGCUUACCGGUGGAAUGCCCAAAUAUUGAGACCAUCCUAUCGGAACAUAUGGUCUGGAGGUUGAUUUCAGGAUCUCAGAAUGAAUAUGGAGCCCAGAUAAUGCUAAGCUGCACUCCUGGCUAUUUCUUGGGUGGUCGGAGAAUUGUACAGUGCCUAGCUAAUGGCACCUGGAGUGGAAGUGAAGAGAAAGCAGCAUGCAAAAUCAUUUCUUGUGGAGAGCUGCCGUCUCCUCCCAAUGGGAAUAAGAUUGGCACCCUAAGCACCUUCGGAGCCACGGCAAUAUUUACGUGCAACACUGGAUACACCUUAGCAGGAUCUCAUGUGAGGGAGUGUGGUGCCAAUGGGUUGUGGACUAGUUCUGAAACUAGAUGCCUUGCUGGGCAUUGUGGGUCUCCUGAGCCAAUCACUAAUGGACACAUUAGUGGUGAUGGAUUCAGUUAUCGAGAUACAGUAGUCUACCAGUGCAACCUUGGUUUUAGACUUAUAGGCACGUCUGUUCGGAUUUGCCAACAAGACCACAAGUGGUCAGGAAAAGCUCCUGUCUGUGUUCCGAUAACAUGUGGUCACCCUGGCAACCCAGCAAAUGGUCGUACCAAUGGAAGUGAAUUUAAUCUGAACGACAUUGUAAACUUUACCUGCAAUACAGGGUAUUUACUACACGGCGCUCCACGAGCACAGUGCCGAGUGAAUGGGCAGUGGAACAGCGCCCUUCCAAUGUGCAGAGUUGUAAACUGUUCAGAUCCCGGGUUUGUGGAAAAUGCUAUCCGUCACCCUCAGCAGCAUUACCCUGAAAGUUUCAGCUACAGGACCAGUAUAAUGUAUCACUGCAAGAAAGGCUUCUACCUGCUAGGAUCCUCCGUGCUCAGCUGCCAGUCCAAUGGCUUCUGGGACAGAUCUCUUCCUAAGUGCCUGCCGAUUUCAUGCGGGGAUCCUGGCACCCCACCGAAUGCAGUCUUGUCUGGGAAGAUAUUCUCCAAUGGAGCUGUGGUGCACUAUUCCUGCAGCAGAGGUCGGACAUUGAUUGGAAAUGCGACCCGGGUCUGCCAGGAAGACGGACGUUGGAGUGGGUCACCCCCUUACUGUUCAGGUGACAGUCCGGGCUUCUGUGGUGACCCUGGCAUACCUCCUCAUGGCUCCAGGCUUGGUGAUGAAUUCAGGACCAAAAGCCUGCUGAGAUUCACCUGUGAAGCUGGAUACACCUUGAUAGGCUCUGCAGAGCGAACCUGCCUUCCCAAUGGCUCUUGGAGUGGGGCUCAUCCAGUGUGUGAAGCGGUGUCAUGUGGAAAUCCUGGCACUCCAGCCUUUGGAAGGAUUGUCCACAGUGAUGGGAUACUGUUUUCAAGUUCAGUCACAUAUUCCUGCUGGGAAGGGUACAAAACAUCAGGUCUCACAACUCGCCAUUGUACUACUAAUGGAACUUGGACGGGAUCUGCACCAGACUGCACAGUGAUCAGCUGUGGUGAUCCAGGCCCAAUUGCAAAUGGGAUUUAUAUAGGGAAUGAAUAUGCCUACAACAAGACAGUGCACUACCACUGCAACCCUGGAUUCAUCAUGGAGCCAGCUGGGUCGUCUGCUUUGCUUUGCACAAAGGAUGGGACCUGGAAUCAAACCAAGCCAACUUGCCGAGCUCUGUCCUGUGGCCAGCCUCCUGCGAUACACCACGGGAAAGUGGAGGGAUCAGACUUCCAGUGGGGGUCAAGCAUUAGCUACAGCUGUUUUGAGGGCUACCAGCUGUCCACACCUGCAAUAGUGGCAUGUGAAGGUACCGGCACUUGGAGAGGGGAUGUCCCACACUGCUUACCUGUUUUAUGUGGAGACCCAGGUACACCAGCAGAGGGGCAUGCUGAAGGCAAAAGUUUCACCUAUAGGUCUGAAGUGACUUUCUACUGCAAAGGCCCAUAUAUUCUCGUGGGCUCAUCCAGGAGAGUCUGUCAAGCAGAUGGGACUUGGAGUGGUAUUCAGCCCACGUGCAUUGAUCCAGCAUAUAAUAUGUGUAGAGAUCCUGGUACUCCUCCCUUUGGCAUACCAAUCCCAUCUCAAGGAUACGAGGUGGGAAGUAAAAUCUUCUUUAAAUGCAGAAAAAACUACCAUAUAUUGGGAUCUACAACACGAACUUGCCUUGAAAAUUUAACCUGGAGUGGUAUACAGCCAGAAUGCAUAUCUCAUGCCUGCAGACAGCCAGAAACACCUUCUCAUGUGGAUGUGAAAGCUAUAGAUCUGCCAACUUUAGGGUACACUUUGAUGUAUACGUGUCAAGCUGGAUUUUUCCUUGCUGGGGGAUCUGAACAUCGGACUUGCAAAGCAGAUGGAAAAUGGUCUGGAAAGCCACCUAUCUGCAAAGUUGGGCCAAAAGUAAAUGACAAAACAAAAGGAGCAGAUUCAGGAGUACAGAAGAAUAAGAUACACGUUCCCGCAGAUGUAUUUUCCUUAAACAGUGGUUGGAAAGGUUUCUAUGAGUACCUUGGGAGAAGGCAGUCAGCUACCAUAACAGUGAACUGGUUUAAUGCCACGACCAGUAAAGUCAAUGUAACACUGCUGGAACACAGUGGUGUGCAGCUCAGACUUUCAGGUAUAUACAAGAAAGAAGAGAAUCAUUUACUCUUGAAGGUGUACCAGGUUCGAGGGCCCAUCGAAAUCUUUUUCAGUAAAUUUAAAAAUGACAACUGGGCAAUGGAUGGAUAUGUGUCAGCAGAAUCCGACAGCAACACCUUUGUCUAUCAGGGUUUUAUUCAUGGAAAAGACUUUGGAAAUUUUCAGUUAACAAGACAAGGCCUCAUCACGACAGACACGGACCUGUCCAACCCUUAUUACGGCACCAACAGCAGCUCAGUGGCCGCUGCCAUACUGGUGCCAUUCUUUGCUCUGAUUCUGUCAGGGUUUGCCUUUUACCUCUACAAACACAGGACAAGACCAAAAGUACAGUACAAUGGCUAUGCAGGCCACGAGAACACAAAUGGACAGGCUUCUUUCGAAAAUCCAAUGUAUGACACAAACAUGAAACCUACGGAGGCGAAAGCUGUGAGAUUUGAUACAACUCUGAACACAGUCUGCACAGUAGUAUAGCCUUUGUUGUCAGUUUUGACUGAUUCAUAGCCAUACCUCUUGGGUAAGCAGUAACUUCUUUGGUGCCAUAUGCCCAUCUCCUUUGUGACUCUUUGCUUUGCUACUAUACACUUUAUAACAACUUCUGUCAGGAAAAAAAAAAUGGCAUAAAAAGAAAUAAAAUGUUCAUUUUCUGAGAAACAAAAAGCUCCAUCAGGCACAGAAUAAGCUAAUGGCCAAGAAAACAAAGAAAAGAAGUGACUUUGUUGGAUCAAGAAUUACUUCUGAAUAUCUUGCCAGGGUGUCAUACUGUAUGCCUCAGCCUUUCAUGUUGCUUACUGGAACAAAGUUGUGUUUUUUUCCACACACUCCCUUGGGAGAUGUUGAAGUCUCUUGAAAAGACACAUAAUUGUUGACAAAAGGCAUUUUCUUCACAUAAGAUAAAUGAUGAAGGAGACGGCUUCUUUCAGCUUCGUUGCUCAUACCUUUCCAGACAUUUCCAGUAAUAAAAGAGAAGAAAUUGCUACAACUACAACUGCCUGUCUCACAGCAGAACCUGCUAUCCAGAUUCUGGGUAGCUGGUGGAGUUCUCUCAGCUGUCGUGUUGCAAAACCUAACUGCACAAUUUUUGCACUAGUGUGUUAUGAAUGAUCAUGAAAGUGGUUUAAAAAAAAAACACAGGGUUUCUAUACACUGACCAUUUGUAUAUAAGCAUUUCCAUGUUCCUGAGAAGCAUGUCGUCAUGCUAUAGCUGUAAAAAAACAACUUUAUUUUCUAUGUUUUGCAAGGGUUAUAUGAUAAUAUGAAGCAGUUGCUUAUUUUAUACAUUAAUAUGUACAACAGGUAUGGCAAACUAAGUGACACAACCCACAGCUGAAUCUGCAGUUUAUUUUAUAACAGGUUAAGACUGCUGUUUUGUUAUUGCAAGGUGUAAUCCGUAUAUGGGCAAGUUUGCACCAUUCAUCCUUCUCAGCAAUGUAUCAACUUAUCAUCAAAAUUACAAAUAGUUUAUGUAUUUCCAAAUUUUGCAUUUUAAUCAUUGUGAUCUUUUAAGUGUUUCUGAUAUGCAGAUGUUGUCACCCCAGCGACUGACAGAUAUGGUAUGUCAAAAUGACAAAAAUUCAAGUUCUUAAAAUCAUGUGCUCAUUAAUGUUUCACAAGAAAGUUUUGCACAAGGGUUAUAGUCUGAAAUAUGGUUCAUAGUCGUGUGUUUAAGGUAAAACAAUUACUUCACACUGCUACAUCACCUUCAACAGUCAGACAUUGGUUCACAGUCCCUUACUCACAAAACUGGAUACUAUGAGGCAUGAAGUUUUUGGUUAUAAUUGGCGUUACAAUAGGGACUAAAGGACCACUUUUUAAUUGGUUCAACCAAUAUAAAUAAUACAACCAAUAAAUAAAAUAAAACCAACUGAUACCUGAUAACUGAUUUUAUUACUGUAUAUAAAUAAUAAAACCAAUUAGUAAAAUAAAACCAAACUGAAGAUAAGUAACUAGGGAUAAUUGGUGCAAGUUUGCAAAUACAAAAAAUAUACCUUUUACAUGUAAGAAUAUCAUCAUUAUACACAAUGCUGGAGAAAAGAAAAUAUAUUUUUUCUUAAGUGCUUAAGUUAUUUUUAAUCUCAACAGUUCUGAAUGCUGAAGUUUUUUCAUAAUCAUAUGUUUAGGGUGCAUAUGUUAGAGGUAUUUUUGGCCAGUUGCACUAGUAACCAUAUACUGUAUAUUUAAUGCCCAGACAGUUUAAAUUUGGUCCACUACAAUAAACAGUCUCUUAUACAGUAAGUUUGGAAUUGGGGUUCUGCUAGUACACUAGCAAAAAAAAAAGGCAGGGUUGUUGGUAAGGUUAUAUUACUUCUUUAGAUAACUUGUGCAAGUAUUCUACACACUAACUGCUCAGUAGCCAGCAUAAUAUCAGAUACAACAGGAACAACUCAGAAAGAAACGCUAAUUACUGUACUUAGAAAAUGCUGGGGACAUAUAACCUACCAAAAAGUGAAAUAUCCUGCAUUAACCACAUUCUCUCAUGCCUGGUAAGGAAGUACGCAUGCAAGUUAAGAUCAUCGGUAAGUAGGUUAUUGUGCUGUCUCACUUAUUUCUGUAGCAUCAUGUGUGUAUGGUUUCACACAAUCCAUACCCACAGAUAUGUACAGUAUGUAAACGUCCUGAUACUUGCUCUAUUGCCUUUGAAAAAGGUCAGAGAGACAGAGAUAAUAAAACACGUCUUAUCUUAAUUAAUGGCUGACAUUCAGGAUUACACUAGAAUAGCUACAAAGAAACCUUAUACAAUGUGUAUUCUUUCUGAAAAUGAGUGCCCAUCCAAAUGAACAGCAAUGCAUAAAAAGAUUCCCUGAAUGUGUAUCAUCAACUGUAUGUUCUUAAAGUAUGUAAAUCAAGAAGCAUUAGGCUCACCUUCAUUUUCUAAGUAAUUUCUAUUUUGCAUCAGCACAUAUUUCAUGAAAUUUUUUAUCUAUUGUUAUGGUACUGUGUACCUAAGGUAAAAAUGGUGGGUGAGGCUUGGUUAUAUUAAGGUGAAAACAGAAGGUGGAGACCAUACCUUUCUU